AAUUAGUGUCAUGUUACAAUUCAUUGAGGUCAGAUUGUGUUUGUAAAAUACAACGUUAUUUGAUCUUGUUUCUUUAAUUUGUUGACAUAAGUCUUUGAAAUCAAAGAUUAUUUAGCUAAAGAGAUAACAACUGACAACACAGACAGACAGUCACGAGAACCGCUGAGCCAGGUCAUCAGAACAUUCAACUCCACGAUGAGACUGUUGCUGCUACUGCUGCUGCUGGCGAAUGGGCACGCCGAAUCAGAGGUUAAGAUAACUGGACAUUGGGAAGGAGGGUUUAAUGGUCAGUUUUGUAUCCCUGUCACGGAAGACCUGCACGGAUGGUCAGCCCAUGUCAUCUUUGACCAGUCAAUCAAGUCACUUGAUGUGCAACAAGCUGCUGAAAUUGUGGAGACCAGAAACAACAACACAGAGUUCAUCAUGCACAACAAAGACUGGAACAAAGAAGAACAUGUUGGCUCCCAGAUCUGUAUCAACCUUCUGGGAAAAACGGAUGGCAAUAUUAUCCCUUCCGCCACAGUCUACAUCGCCGGUAUGGACGGUCCUACUAAUCAGCCGCCUACGGCUGGACCACAAAACUCCCUACUUCCAGGAAGUAGUGGGCAGACACCCGGCAUCGGUGCAACGUCCGGCGUCGGUGCCACGUCAGCUCCUUUUGUGACAUCAGAAUAG